AUGGUCAUGAAAAUGCAGUUGCAUGAUGUUGUCAUAGUGGGCGGUGGCGCCAUUGGACUGAGUACCGCAUACGAAGUAGCAAAAGCAGGCAAGUCUGUCUUGUUACUAGAGAAAAACUGUUUCUUCAACAGCGCUGGGAGUUCGAACGACCUAGCUAGAAUGUAUCGAACAAUGUAUACUGAAGAAUUCAUGGCGAAGCUUGCAUAUCAAUCGAUUGAUAUAUGGAAAGAAUUAGAGAUAGCCGCGGGCACGUCUUUACGCUCCAUGACGGGUCUGCUCAACUUCGGAGAUCCAACGAUGGGGAAAAACACUCCAGAAGGAACGCUCAAUGGUCCAAUUGCUAACCUCGACAAACUGGGUUUGCCUUAUCGGAAGAUGUCAAAACAAGAGAUUGAAUCCGAAUACUCUUUCCAAAAUCUACCGGAUACCUGGGAGGGCGUCUUCGCUCGAGAUAAUGGCGUUAUAAAUGUUCCGCUGCUACUUCGAACCCUUUUACGACUCGCUUUGGACUAUGGUGCUCACGCGCAGCAAUACGUGGAAGUUACAAAACUAAUACCCACUAAGGAGAGGGGCGAGGACCUUUGGAAUGUUGAAACACUUACCAAUGGCAAUGAGAAAGCAGUGUUCAGAACGCGGAAAGUAGUCGUAACGGCUGGCGCGUACACAAACCACAUCUUGCAACCCAGUUUUGACCUGAAGUUGAAGCUCAACAUUUGGGAGAUGGUGGCAUCAUAUUUCAAUGUGAAUCCAGAUCCUAAGAAGAAUAUGUUCCCAAGUAUGUGGUUCCAAUUCGCGGAAGACAGCUACGGCAGAUCGCAAUUAUUCUACGGAUUUCCACCUCUUGAUUGGGGCCCUCCUAAUAUCUGUCGAAUUGCCGUAGACGCGGCAACGAGACAAAUCACAGACCCCAACCAACGGAGCAGGAAUGUUGUCAACCCAGAAGACAUCCAUGACACGCAGGAGUUCAUCAAGGAGCAUGUUGUAGGAGUUGAUUCCACAGUACCUGCUUACACGCUGUCGUGUCUCAUGACCAAUGUGUUCGACAACAUGUUCGUCCUGGAUUUUGUGCCAGAACAUUACCUCAAAGGGGGGCCAAGAAAUAGUGUUGUCUUGUUCACCGCUGGGUGGGCCAUGAAAUUUGCACCACUUUUAGGGCGCGCGCUGAAAGACAUGGCCCUGAACGGAUACUCGGAAUACGCAUUGGAGGAGUUCAAGAUCGACCGGCUGGAUCCCAAGAUUCAAGAUGAAAACGGGAACCUGAAGUACGGUAUCAUCGACUCAGUAGAGGGCAAGGGCAGUUCGCCUGCUGAUUAG